CCAACGCAUAUAAGGAGACGAAACAUUUAACAGCUCUAAGAACAAUUCGGCACAGAAGCUGAUUCCGAUCUAACAUGUUCAGUGUUCUUCGUUCCUUUGCUUCGCUUAAAGGAAUUAGAAUAUGAGAGCUCUGAGAAAACCGACGAGGAGACCCAGCCUCCUUUAUCUGCUCUCUGCUGCUGCCAUUUUCUCUCUCUUCUUUUGCGCCCUCCAGUCCUAUUUCUCCAUAGGUAACCCUAAAAUUUCUAAAAUCAACGAGGAGGAUGUUCGGAUUUUAUCUAAUUUUCAGUCCAGUGUUCAACAAUGCGUGGAGAACAGAGGGCUUGGACUCACUGCACACAUAAUUGAUCAUUGUAAUUUGGUUCUCAAGUUCCCUCAAGGGACUAAUAGCACCUGGUACAAUGAACAGUUUAAAAUUUUUGAGCCAUUGGAAUACAAGUAUGAUGUUUGUGAAGCAAUACUAUUGUGGGAACAGUAUCGUAACAUGACUACAGUGCUGACAAGGGAGUAUUUAGAUGCUCGGCCUGACGGGUGGUUAAACUAUGCUGCAAAAAGGAUAGCACAGUUAGGUGCAGACAAGUGCUAUAAUCGCACUUUGUGUGAGAAACAUCUUAAUAUUCUUUUACCAGCAAAGCCACCCUUCCAUCCCCGCCAAUUUCGAACUUGUGCCGUCGUUGGAAAUUCAGGAGAUCUCUUAAAGACAGAGUUUGGGAAGGAAAUCGACAGUCAUGAUGCAGUUAUAAGAGACAAUGAAGCCCCUGUUAAUGAGAAAUAUAGCAAGUAUGUUGGGCUGAAGAGAGAUUUUCGCCUUGUAGUGAGAGGUGCUGCACGUAACAUGAUUCCCAUUCUCAAUGGUUCAGAUGAUGAGGUGCUUAUAAUCAAAAGUCUUACGCAUAGAGACUUUAAUGCAAUGAUAAAGAGGAUCCCAAAUCCAGUGUAUCUCUUCCAAGGUAUUGUGCUUCGCAGAGGUGCCAAAGGAACUGGAAUGAAAUCAAUAGAACUAGCACUUUCCAUGUGUGAAGUUGUUGAUAUAUAUGGUUUCACUGUUGAUCCAGGAUACACAGAGUGGACCAGAUACUUCUCAACACCAAGGAAAGGACACAAUCCACUUCAAGGACGAGCUUACUACCAGCUUUUAGAAUGCCUUGGUGUUAUUAGGAUCCAUUCUCCCAUGCGAGCUGAAAGGAAGCAGGACUGGUCAGAUGUGCCUACUCGAGAAAUGAUAAGCAGAGCUCAUGCAGCUGCUGUGCGCGUGAAGAAGAAUCAAACUGGUGAAGACGGUGACUUGGGUCAAUUCCAUAACUGUAAAGUGUGGGGUAAUGCUCAUGGAAGCGGGCCUACCUCUGGAUCUCCAGAUAUGAGCGAUGUCAGGAGGAAUUCAAAUUACAGUAAAUGGGAAGUCAUGCCUUUCGAAAAAUUAAGAAAAGCAGCUCGUGAGCAUUUUAUUCAGAUGGAAGGUGUUUCUAUGUACAAAAUGGAUGGCAAUAAAUUGGAUGAUCUAGUUUGUGUGAGGCAUUCCUCAAAAUCCGAGGCGUAAGCAGAAUAUUGAUGGAGGCUUUCUUGUACUGUGACGUAGUGACAAUCGAAAGCAGAACCAAUUAAAUUUUGUUCGUUGUGAAAAUUACAAUGAUAGAGACCCAGCAGGAUGUGGAUUCUCACAAUGUUUUUGCCAGAUCGCCUCUCUGUUUCUCCGUUCGAUCAGAGGGCCAUUCUAAUUUGAUGCUGUGCCUUUUCAGGAUUGGUACUGAAGGACAGACUAUAUUCAAGAAAAUUCAUGGAUGCUUUUGAUCGUAAAUUCUUCUGUUUAAAACUGUAUGAGUUCACAUUAGGGUUUUAUUUUAUUGAUAGUUGCGAGUAUGAGAGCCAAGAGAUUGAGGAAAUGAGUAAGGAAUUGAUUUCAGGAUCACCAUAUACCCUUUGAUUAUGUUUAUGAAUUCACUGUUCUGUAAUAAAAAAUUGUAAAUUA